GGCCGGGAGAGGCAUCCCGGUCGGUCGGUGGCUGAGGGUGUUGCUGUAUGCGCGGCCAUGUCGACCCUUUUCUACCUCCUCUCCACGCUGGCCGGCUAUCUCCUCACCUCGGCUCUGCUGUUGAAAUUCCCCGGCUUGCUUCACCGGCGCAAACGCCACCGGUUCCGGUGCCGGCACAUCUCCCACCGCGGAGGUGCAGGGGAGAAUCUGGAGAACACGAUGGCGGCAUUUCGUCACGCAGUCAACGUGGGGACCGAUAUGCUGGAACUUGACUGCCAUUUGACCAAGGAUGAACAAGUGGUGGUUUCGCAUGACGAGAAUCUGAAACGGUCGACCGGGGUGGACGUCAAUAUAUCAGACCUCAAAUACUCAGAACUCCCUCCGUAUCUCUGCAAGUUGGAGGUCACUUUCCAGAAAGACUGCCAGUGCGAAGGCGAAGACAAGCGCAUCCCUCUCCUUCAAGAGGUCUUUGAGGCCUUUCCCCACACGCCCGUCAACGUCGACAUCAAGGUGAACAACGACCGGCUGAUUAAAAAGGUUUCCGAGCUGGUGAGCUCUUACAAACGAGAACAUUUGACGGUUUGGGGCAGCGUCAGCCAUGAAGUUGUGGAAAAAUGUCACAAAGAGAACUGCCACAUCCCCAUCCUUUUCUGCUUGCGGCGUGUCCUCCUCCUCCGCCUCUUCUACACUGGCCUCCUUCCUUUCUUUCCCAUCCUGGAGGACUUCCUGGAGAUCCCCAUGCCUUCCAUUAUUCUCAAGCUGAAAGAAUCGGAGAAGAUUUCAAAGGGCCAGCGAUUCACCAUAUGGCUUAUUGACGUAUUAUUAAUGAGGAAAGCCUUAUUUGAUCACCUCACGGCUCGAGGAAUUCAGGUCUACAUCUGGGUGCUGAACGAAGACCAGGAAUACAAGCGAGCCUUCGACCUGGGGGCCACCGGCGUGAUGACCGACUACCCCACCAAGCUGAAGGAAUUCCUCCACAACUACCCGGCGUGAAGCCCGGCGGAGUGCCGCCACUGUCGGUUCUUCGGAGGAGAGAUCGGAAGUGAUCCAACCGAGCCCAAGGAGAGAAUCCACCCUUCCCUUGGAGUGGUUUUUUUUUCCCCCAGCCAAUCUCCACCCGCCGUCAAAUUCGGUGACUGCGUUCUUAAAAGUCACGCCACGCCCACGCAGGCCGCAUUCACUGACGGCCCUCGAUGGCAGAGCCGACUUUCUCUCCUCCUUUGUAAAUAGCUUGGUUUGACUGGUCACCUGCUCACCCUAGAGACCUAGGUCCCUUGGCCAGGCCGCGUGAAAAAUUGGGGUGGGGGACACUACCUGACCUCAUGGGGUGUCCACCGAAGCCUUUCCAGCCAGGCCCUUGGUGUUGAAAGACGUACGAUGGCUCCCCUGAACUUCUCCGUGAGUUGAAAACGGUUGACUGACAGCACCUGAGACAACCACUCUAAAUAGGAGGCCCGUGGCCAGUAAUGUCCUCCUUGGAUAUAUCAGAGGUGGCUUCCUGUGGAGAACAACUAUUGUUUUUGUGUCUUUGUCGAAUUAGUAGCUGUGCCUAGCGAGUUAGGACUGGAUCUCCCACGCACUCAUACGUUAUUAGACCAGGGAUGUCCAACCUUGGCAACUUUUUAAGAUCCGUGGACUUCAAUUCCCAGAAUUCCACAGCCUGGGAAAUUCUAGAAGUUGAAGUCCACCGGCCUUAAAAGUUGCAAAGAUCGGGCGGCCUUCCGUUAGAGACUUCCUACAUCUUUUGUGCUUGUUCUAGAAGGGUUAGUCUCUCAAUGUUGGCCACUUGAAGAUGGAUGGACUUCAACUCCCAGAAUUUCAGGAUGCCGACUGAAGAAUUCUGGGAGUUGAAGUGCACCAGUCUUUAAAAGUUGCAAAAACCAGACAGACUUCCAUUAGAAAUUUCCUACCUCUGUGCACUGGUUCUAAUCUCAAAUCUAGAGUGGUUAUCCCUUAUUUUUCCAUUAGAAGAUGGGUGGACUUCAACUCCCAGAAUUUCAGGAUGCUGACUGAAGAAUUCUGGGAGUUGAAGUCCACCGGUCUUUUAAAAGUUGCAAAAACCAGACAGACUUCCAUUAGAAAUUUCCUACCUCUGUGCACUGGUUCUAAUCUCAAAUCUAGAGUGGUUAUCCCUCAUUUUUCCACUUGAAGAUGGGUGGACUUCAACUCCCAGAAUUUCAGGAUGCUGACUGAAGGAUUCUGGGAGUUGAAGUCCACCGGUCUUUUAAAAGUUGCAAAAACCAGACAGACUUCCAUUAGAGACUUCCUACCUCUGUGUCCUGGUUCUAAUCUCAAAUUUAAAGUGGUUAUCCCUCAACCUUUUUCCACUUGAAGAUGGGUGGACUUCAACUCCCAGAAUUCCGGGAUGCUGACUGAAGGAUUCCACCCAUCUUAAAAGUGGCCAAUAUUGAGAAACCCUGAUCUCGAACAUGUCAAUAGUUGCACCUGUAGGAUAAGGGGUUGUUUGGCUAAUUUAUUGUACAAGGCCAUAAUAACUGCACCAUACCUCUAUAGGUCAGUCAAAUCCUGCCAUCAUGAGCCGGGAUGGAAAAGAGGUUUAAUAACGGGGAAAUCUGGAUAUUAGUGCAAGAGAUAAAAAUAUAUUAUUUUUUGUUUUGUUUUCUUCCUUGUUGACAAAUCCGAAUAUACCCUAUUUUUCAGAAUAUA